CUCAGGUACAACGCAACCGCGAGCCAACAACUCAAACAAUCAUGAAGUGCAUCGCAGCUGUAGUCAUGAUGACGCUCGCCGUUGCCGUCCAGGGAUCGUCCGUGAGCUACUGGGGUAAUGGGGCGGCUCUGCCUUAUCUGGCGCCGGCCCCCAUCGGAAGCUGGGUACAGGACAAUUCAUACGCCAGAAUUGUAUCUCCAUGGAACUACGCUUACCAGGCCCCAGUCGCGUACGUCGAGCCAUCGUACGCCUACCAGCCGGCGGUGGUGGCCGUGGCCCCAAAGGAAGCUCGCUAUUUGGCCGCCAAUCGUGGUGCUGUCCAUGAGGCUCCUCUGCCAGGACACGUCGUUAACCAGCAGUCGCUGAACCUGGCCCCGGCUCCGGGCACUCUGUGAAUCCUAGGCAUCGUUGGCAAGUGACCACAAACCGUUUGAA